UCCCCCCGCGCCGCAACUUGGUCGCGAUCAAUGAAUUCGUGAUGAGACGGUCUGUGAUCGGAGCCGGACCGGGAGUUCCGAGAAAUCACAAUCACGACGAGAUCUUCGACGUGCAUUCGCGCGAGCGCGAAGCGAUCGAUAACGUCCGAGCGCUCUCUUUCUCCCCUUCCGAUCUACGGAAGGAGAGAGGAGCCCUCCUUCGAGAACCCCUUUGGGAUCGAACGGGAGUGUUCCCGCAAUUUUCUCGUAAUAUCGUUAACACGUGUGGCGGCGCGAUAUCAUUCCGCCGCUUCUUUUGUGUAAUUUCCGUCGAGAGAUUGUAGGCGCUGACGUCACUCUGUUCAAUCUCCUGUUACUAAUUAGGAGAAAGACUGUUGUGUCUGGAAACACAUUUUUAGAAUUCCUUCUAUUUCUAUAUUUAUUUUACCUGUUUAUGUAAACGUUGUUUAUAAAUAGGUUAUAUUUAUAUAAUUUAAAAUUUAAAUUUGUUAUUUAGCUUCGCAGAAAGAAUAUAAUAUAUCUUAACCACUGUUUUUUGUUCACAGAGUUGAAAAAGUUGAUUUUUAAAAGUAACUAUUAAAUGCCAAUAGAACGCAAAUUUGAAGACCGAAGCUCGUUGACACAGUUUUUACAGUUUCGUCGUUUCACAUUUUAAACAACUAAUUAUUAUGAUUAAACUGUACUAAUUUGGAAAUCUCUGUACGUUUUUAUGCUGGGAACAAUUUUGUGUAAUAUAUAAUUUCUUUGUAGUAUGUGAAAUGCAUUAUGGCUGCAUUAUAGCCAAUUUGCAUUAAUAAUUAUAAUGGAAUAAAUUGCCUAGAUAAUAAACAAAUUCUAUUAAAUUUAUAAAAUAAUAAAGCAGAUUGCAAGUAUGUAUUUCUGUAUGUAUACGUAUUAAAUAAAACUUUGAAAUUAGUACUUAUAUAAAAUAGAUAUUUUAUGAUAACUUUUCCAUUGUUCUUUUCGCCGUAGAUUUAUAAACGGAACGCAAUGCCAACUUGUUUCUUGUGCCAACAAUCUUUCCUGUAAAAGAAUAACUUUAAUUCUAUUUGAGAAUCAACUCUAGGUUGAACUGAAACUAUUGGAGUAACUCUCUGCAGUUAUAUUAGUAAUUAAAUUAAUUUUAAAAUUUAGUUAAAGUUAAAUUUAAAUAUAUUUCGACGAUGAAAAACAAAGAAAUUUAAACAAUUUAACGGUAAUAUAAAGUCAAUAAUAUAUUUUAUUUGUUUUGUAUUUUGCUUCAUGAAAUACAAAAAAAUAUAAAACAAAUAUUUUAAUUUCUUUAUUCUACUACUUUAAAUAAAGUUGAAAUUACAUUUUAAAUUUGCCUUGUUAUAAACAGAAAACAAACACCUUUAACCAAAUCCAUUUCUCAUUAUUUUCCCUUUCUUUUUUCUUUCUCCAGUUUAUAUACUCUUUUCUUCCAUAUCUGAGUAUUACUUUCUUAUUCAAAUUUCAUCUUCUUCUUCUUAAUCAAUCUAUAAUUUAUGUCUAUCCAAUGUUUCAUUGAAUCUGCAAUGUUUUUGUCAUUAUUAAUGAACGGCAAAUUAUAUUUAUGGUAUCUAAAAGAUAUAAUCUGUAUUUCUGUAACGCAUUGUUAGACCAACGUGUAAAACACACAAAAAAAUAAGGCUCGGUUUUUGUAAAGCAAUAGAAUGUGUCAAAACAAGUCAAUAAGCGAGCUACGUCAGUAAAAUUAUAUAAAUGUUUGUAAAUUUAUAUUAAAUAUUACCAAUAUAUAAAAUUAAAACAAUAAUAAAAUCAAAUAAAAAAUAAUGUGUAUUUUAAUAUUUUGAAACGUUUCGACUAAUACCAAGUCUUCAUCAGUCAUGAUAAAUGCUUAAAUCAAUCAAAAUAUAAAUCAUUAAAACACUGGAUAAAAAGCGUAAUUAAAAAAUGUGCAAUCAGUAAUAUUAUGUACGCUGUAAAAUAAUAAACUACAUGUUUAAAGAAACAAACGCGAGCUUAGUUUUAAUAAUUAACUGCAGUGUUUUAUCAGACAUAUGUAUAAAUCUUAAUGCGCUAUAAAAACUGUUAUAAAAAAUAAUUUUGUUAUUAAUUUUCUAUUUUUAAUUAAUUAAUUUUAAUAUUAAUUUUUUUUGCAUAACGUAAUUUUACUUUUAUAGUUGUCUUUUCUUACCUUUUAUGCAAAAUAUGAUAAUUAAGAUAAGAUUGUAAGUAAUAUUUCAAACGGACGGUGACACGACCGCCCACGAUUUCGGGAAAUUCAUAGCCGGAAAUAUUGAAGAGGACCUCAUGAAUAUGAUUUGAGUUUCGCGCCCGAGGAUCUACGCACGUGAAUCGCAACGCAGGAUCGAGACCAAUGAGGGGUGCGACACAAUUUUAGGCAAAGUGGGGUGCGUGACCCCCGCAAGAUCAACGAUCGACAUCCUCACUUUGGCUGCGGAUACGUCUCGCGACAGAACCCGAACCCGGACGACUGACGGCGAAUAGUCGAAGGACAAUCAUCAAGAUUAUUGUUUCCUUAUUUAAACAGCACAAUGACGAGUUUACCAGCUCGACCUCGUGUUUUGGUGACUAGUAAUGAAGUGCCUGUUGUUGGUAUCGAUUUGCUUCGCACAAAAUGCGAUGUCACUAUUUUACCGGCUAGCGUCAGUAAUCGAGAACAAGUAUUGAAAGCUCUUCCUGGUCAUAAUGCUGUAUUCCUCGCUAGCCAUCAUCUUGUCAAUAGCGAGUUGCUGGACAUUGCUGGACCAAAUUUAAAAGUCGUGUCAACAAUGUCUGCAGGAUUCGAUCACUUAGAUGUUCCAGAAAUUAAAAAGAGAGGAAUUAAAGUUGGACAUACGCCGAUGAUACUGUCUGAUGCAGUUGCGGAAAUCGCAGUGCUGUUGUUAUUAUCCGCGGCGAGACGUUCGCAUGAGGGUCGCAUGGCGCUAGAACAGAAUAACACACAAUCGGGACCGCAAUGGCUACUGGGACAAGAUUUACGAGGUUCUACAGUCGGCAUUUUUGGUUUAGGAAAUAUUGGUCAAGAAAUAGUUAAACGAUUAAAGGGAUUUGAAGUGGGGCGCUUUAUUUAUAAUGGACGUUCACGCAAGAAAGCAGGUGAUGAACUUGGAGCUACAUUUGUAUCAUCCCUGGAUGAAUUUCUAAAAAGUAGUGAUUUUCUCGUGAUUGCGGCACCUUUGACUAAUGAAACUCGAGGACUUUUCAACGACAGCGUAUUCGACAAGAUGAAGAAAACGGCUGUUUUGGUGAACGUAGCUCGCGGCCAAAUCGUCAAUACCGAUUCACUUGUGAGGGCUCUGCGUAAUAGAAAGAUAUUCGCUGCUGGUUUAGACGUCACCGAUCCAGAACCGUUGCCACCAGGACAUGACCUUCUAAAACUACCUAAUGUCGAAAUUACGCCACAUUUAGGCAGCGCGACCAUCAAGACUCGCAAUGACAUGUCAUUAACCGCAGCUCAAAAUAUUAUCAAUGGUCUUGAGGAUAAGCCCUUGGUGUACCCUUUAUAAUAAUUUAUAUUUCUUGCAUGUGCUGUAAAUUCUUUAUAUUUACUACUUUAUCUAUUCAAAAACGUUAUUAAAGAUUAUUAUAUAUUCUCAUGUACGCUUUAAUAAAAUUCUCUUUGAUUUUUUUACAGA